GGAAAGCGGGCGCCGGUAUCGCGCAGCGGCUGGCAGGAAGCUCGGCAGCCCCGCCGGCCGCGAGCAGGCCGGAGUCCCGGUGGCUGGUCGGGCUUCUCCGGGUGUGGGCGUGGGCGAGGCAGCGGUUCCGGCGGCCGCAGCGUUCGUCCAGGCAGCGGGUUAGGUGCCGGGAGCCAAGCACCUAGGUACAUCAGUUCUCAUUAUGCAUCAGAAAAAUGAAAAAACAGAAGAAAAUUCUAUGGAAAAAAGGAAUUCACUUAGCCUUUUCUGAGAAAUGGAAUACUGGGUUUGGAAGCUUUAAGAAGUUCUAUUUUCCUCAAAACUUGUGCUUUCUGAAAGCUAAGCUGGGAAGGCCGGUUGUUUGGGGUCAACAGCUGAGGCAUUUCCAGUGUAGUAAGAAGGGUCCUCACAUCCAGAAGUCAUGGAUUCAGGAUGUGCCGCUUUGUGCAAAGGCCAGGUCUGGAGUGGCUGCUCAGAAUGGUAGCACUUUGUAUGCCAAAGUGAGCAGGAAGGACACCAAGCACUUCCUUUCUUCCUCAAGGAGCUUCCUGAAACUCCAAGCAGAUAAGUUACUGUCAUCAGCAAAGAACUUGGACCAUGGAUACUGCAGAGAGAAAAGGCUCCUGACGGCAGUCACUAGCUUGUCAACAAAUACUGUCUUAGGUAAGGCCAGUGGUCACAAACCUAGGACAGGCCCACAGGCUUCAGACUUUCCCAUGAAGUUCAAUGGGGAGAGCCAAAGUCCAGGUGAGAGCGGCAAGAUUGUGGUCUUGAACAAACAUAGAAAGCGUGUCUGUUAUGGCUGCUACCAAGGGCUAGAGCACCACAGGAAUGGGAAACCCUUGAUUCCGAAAAAGUUCCAACUUAAUCAACAUCGAAGAGUCAAAGUGUCUCUUAUGAUGCAUGAGAAAUUAUCCAUGAUUAGAUUUCGGUAUAGGAUUUUCAGAUCCCAGCACUUCAGAACGAAAAACAGAGUUUGCAAGCUAAGAAAAGCCCAGAGGAGCUGGGUACAGAAGGUUGCUGGGGACCAUCAAGAGAACCGUAGGGAUAACACUGAGGCUGGCAGUUGCAGCCCGGUCCCUUCCCCAGAACCUGAGGACCCUUGUCAGUGUCAGCCAUUCCUUACAGACAUGGAUGGCAGUGCCGUGGUGAAGGGAAAGAACUUGCAUGUGCCUGAUGGUCACACUAAAGAAAGCCCUUUCUUGGACAAGGAGCGCAAUGUAGAUGAAGCCUUCCCUGAGCAACAGAAUGGCUCUACCACAUACGCCUGGGACCAAUCACCCUCUUCUAAAUGGGAGUGUACAGAGCAAAUUCACGAGAUCCCUUUAACAGAACAUCCUCCUAGUAACAAGCUCACUUCGGAAACGGAAAGAGCAGUUCUGACUCUGGGUCAGGAGAGUGGGACAGGUGCUGUCAGUGACGACAGAGUAAGACUGCCAGUGUCUGGAGCAGAUACAUCUGUGGGUGCUGUGGAUGGGCCUGUGUCUGAAGAGCCUCCUCAGAACGAGCACUUCCAGAUGGAGGAGGAUGGGUCUGUUAAGCAGAACAUCCUUAGUUCUAAACUGCUGGACCACCCUUACUGUAAAAGUCCCCUGGAUGCCCCCUUGGUGUGCAGUGAACUCAAAGCAGAAAACCAAAUGGCGGGUGGCAAGGGCAGUCAGAAAGCGUCUCCCGUGGAUGAUGAGCAGCUGUCAGCCUGCCUCUCCGGAUUCCUAGAUGAGGUUAUGAAAAAGUAUGGAAGUUUGGUCCCACUCAGUGAAAAAGAUGUCCUUGGGAGAUUAAAAGAUGUCUUUAAUGAAGACUUUUCUAAUAGAAAACCAUUUAUCAAUAGAGAAAUAACAAACUACCGGGCCAGACAUCAAAAGUGCAACUUCCGCAUCUUCUACAAUAAGCACAUGCUAGACAUGGAUGACCUGGCAACCCUGGAUGGUCAGAAUUGGUUGAAUGACCAGGUCAUUAAUAUGUAUGGUGAGCUGAUAAUGGAUGCAGUCCCAGACAAAGUCCAUUUCUUCAACAGCUUUUUCCACAGACAGCUGGUAACCAAAGGCUAUAAUGGAGUUAAGAGAUGGACUAAAAAGGUGGAUUUGUUUAAAAAGAGCCUUCUGCUGAUUCCUAUCCACCUGGAAGUCCACUGGUCUCUCAUUACUGUGACGCUCUCCAAUCGAAUUAUUUCAUUUUAUGAUUCCCAAGGCAUUCAUUUUAAAUUUUGUGUAGAGAAUAUAAGAAAGUAUUUGCUGACUGAAGCCAGAGAAAAAAACAGACCUGAAUUUCUUCAGGGUUGGCAGACUGCUGUUACAAAGUGUAUUCCACAACAGAAGAAUGACAGUGACUGUGGAGUCUUUGUGCUCCAGUACUGCAAGUGCCUCGCCCUAGAGCAGCCUUUCCAGUUUUCUCAAGAAGACAUGCCUCGGGUACGGAAGAGGAUCUAUAAGGAGCUGUGUGAGUGUCGGCUCCUGGACUGAGACUCAGCAGGGACUCUGAAAGACUGGCCAUGUUGGAGCAAAUGGUUUGUUACUUGAAUCUCCAAACACUUACUGAAUUUUUACAGAUAUUUCAGAUUGGUGGUAUUGGGCCACUAUUGUUACCUCAAAUUAUUUUUGCCCUUCUUCAUUUCUCCUGCUAUCAUGUACUUUUUUAAAUGUUCGGUUUAGUUUCAUUUUAACUUUAUGGAUUCCAUACAUCCCUCCCAUAUUUAAUAUUUAUUAUCCAAACGCAUGCGUAUAGACAGAGCAUGCAGUAAAGAGUAUUAAAAAAAAGCCUAGUAGAUUUGGUGCAGCUUUUGAAACAUAGUUAGAUGUGAACUGAAUACAGGUUUAAAAUUUAACCCCAGAACCUAAAAAUGCAAGAUGUUUUUGAUACAGUGUAGCUCAGAAUAGAUGUUUCCUAUGGCAUAAAGGGGUAGCUAGGAGUGGUUGUGAAAAAGCCAGUCAUGUUUUACUUAAAUGAGCGGCACCUUUUGCUGAUGUCCCUCAGAUGAGUCUCUGAGCAUGAGAUGCCUUCCUUCCGAGGGGAGACGGGACUGUUCUGCUUAGGGACACAGUGCUAGCAAGCACAGUGCUGAUUUGAGAAAAGAGUUAAGGUAUGAGAGAAAAAAAGAAAAAAAAAAGCAGCAUCCUUGGGGGCCAGUUACCUUAAAGAAAGGUUUCUUUUGUUUUGUUGUUUUGAGACAAGGUCUCACUAUGUAGCCCAAGCUGUACUAGAACUCACAGUAGUUAGGCUGGUCUGGAACUCAGGCCAAUCAUGUCUGUUCCCCAGGGCUGGUAAUACAGGUGCAUACUAAUAUACCCUACAGUAAGAUUUCCAUUUUGGUCUUAAGAAUUAUAAUGGAUUAAAUCUCAUAAAGGUUUCUUGGGAUGCUAAACUUUUUUCUGGGUUUGACUUGUGAAAAAAAAAACUUGGCAUCCACCAAAUCAAUGGUUAAAUGAAAAUUAGGCUUUUCAUAAAAGUAAUUUGCUAGUUAUCACCUCUCUCUGUUGCCUCCCAUGUUCUCCAAGGUAUUACAGAUUUACCAACAAUGUUUCUGCUUUAAGAUGUCUGAGAUACAAACAUUCAGAGUAGAAGACUGGCGAGGUCUUACACAUAGUGGGAGAAGAAGGGAGGCAACACCGAGGUCUCUAGGAGAGCACGUGAGGAAUGUUUUUUAGUCUUUUCUGGUGGCUCAGCAUCUUGAAGGGCUCUAUUGGCUUCUGUAAGAAUAAUCUGAAUCCCGUACUCAAAAACUGCCUGUUUAUUUAACUCCAUCCUCUAGGGACAGGCUGUUCUGUUAGGAGGAAAGUGGUGAUUUUGCAUCUUUAGGGUGGCCCUUUGUGACAUGUUUUAAAGGAAAAUAAGUAAGAUGCAUAGUAAGCCUAACUAGUUAUUUUUUCUGAAUUGAAGGAGGCAAGAGUAAUGAACCAAGUAAAUGACAGAAGAAAACUGACAGUUUUCUUCUUGUUGUUUGAAAAACAAAAAAGGUAAAAUGUCUGAGCAGGGCUUACUGCCGCAGUAAGGGUUGACCCUCUGUAGCGGUAUGGACCCUGGGCAGUAGCCUUAGCUCACUCCUCUCCUUAAUCACCUAGCCUCAAAAGGCCUAAGCAUAAAGCCAGGUCAGCAUUUCUUGUGCUUCAGGUCAUUAAAAGAGAGUAGAGGCACUUUAUGUUGUCACAGGUAGAGGUUGUGUCACCACUGGGGAUGAUGAAAAGUUAGAGGAAGUAAACCUCUUCUGUUCUUAUGGUUCUGGGGACUGUGUGUUAGGCAAGUGCUCUACCACUGAGCCUCCUUUGUGCUUUUUGAAUUUCGAGACAGGGUGUCAUGAAGUUGUCUGCGUUGGUCUUGAAUUUACUCUGUGGCUAAGCCUGGCUUUGUUUAUACUCCUGACACCCAAGGAGCUGGAAUUACAGUCAGCCAUGUCAGGCCAGACUGCCUAAAGAUCUCUUAUGGAAGGGGUUUGGGGAGCAGGGUCUCAAGUGUAAGGCUAGCCUCAAACUCUUUAUGUAGCCGAAGAUGACUUUGAAUUCCCAGUCCUCUCCCAGAUGCUAGGAUUAUAUAGGUCUGUGUCACCAAGCUAAAGAUCUGGUCUUAAGAUUUUCAGACAUAAUCACACCAGCAUGAACUUCUUUAAAAUUUAUAGCAUGGGUUUUGUUGCUGUGCCUAUACUGUUUCAGCCAGCGAUGAGAUAAUUGACUCAAAAUGUCUCCAACUUUUAAAAAUCUUGUGAGGAAUUAUCUCACUUCCCCAGUAACAGACCUUUCAUAGAGAAGUUACAGUUGUGUUCGAGAAUCUUGUCGAAAUAGGGUCUUUGUUUACCCCAGGCUGGCCUCAACCUUGCAGUCCUUCUGCCUCAGCCUCCCUGAUGUUUGGGUUACAUGGGUGCACUAGUAGUUUCGAUGCCUGGGAGAACCUUAAUGUCCAGAGCCUGAGUUGCCACUUCUCCAGUCUGAGAAAUGGUCACGUCGGCACGGAAGCAUGCAGGAAUGAACAGAGACUCAGUUGUCCAGGUCUAAGUAGCUACUCUUUUCCUUCUAACAAGAUCAGCAUCUUCAGAUGGACUGUUGAGCUUGCUUUAGCCUCAAUGCUGGAUGUUCUGAGUAUGUUCUAAGUCUGUUUCUGUCAUUAGUGAGCCUUGGUUUUAAAAUACAUAGUUGCUCUUUCUCCUCUUGUGAUUACAUGUAAACUUCUGUUUAGCUUUCAAGUCCUAGAUUGCAGAAUUUUUUGUCUUGAUGUUUACAGCAAUGCUUUGCUGUCACUGGCUUGGCGCUGAACUGUUGAUGCCCAUAAAGUAGGCAGACUUUAUGUCACUGGGAUGAAUGUAAACCCUGCACAAACUUAAAGCUAUUCAUAUAUGACGAGCCUUCAAUAAGCUGCCCAGUCCUCCUGGCAAACUUAUCUGGCUGUAUUUGCUUCUCUCCAGUGUUCUUUCCUUUUGUUACAUUUCUAGUAAUGAAUAUAGAUUUAAUGCAUCUUUUAGUUUUCUUAGGCAAUCAUGAGAAUUAACUUUCAGUUCGCUGCUCAAGGAAGAGAAAAGCAGUUGCUGCCAAUAAUUUCACAGUGCGUUUUGGCUUUGCACUGUAUUCUGUGUUUACUAUUGAAUAUGAAUAUCAUGGUUAUCUUGAAUUUAUGGUUGGAGUACAACAGUAACAGACCUAACUGGGGACACAGCCAGUACUUGCCUAAUGUAAGUUGUCCCUUUUCUCUGCCAUGUGGUUCACUGUUUCCGUCCCCGCAAUAGAAGCAAUGGGGGUCUGAGUGGGUCACGGUGAGAAACAGUGAGUUAAUACUGUACAUUAAAUACACUGAUUAUCUGCUCUGCUUCAUAUGUUAAGAGACCAGGUUAAUCUUAUACAGCACAACUUCUGCUGUGUGCUAGGCUCUGCCUCCUGGCUGGUAGAUAACCUAAGAUCUGGGGAAUAGCACCCAAGAAGUGCUAUUAUAUUUGGGGUUACAAAAGCAGACCUAGACAAGUUGUUCGCUUGAAAGAUUAUGAUCAUGUAAAAUUACAGUCAGUACUCAACCCUUCUAGCAAAAUAUUUUUUUGAAAAAUAAACUAAAUGCCUUUAUAAACAUG